AUGAAACGUAUCAAUCGACGAUCAUCAUUUAGCCAAUCAUCAAGAUCACCAAGUUUUCAAAGUCCAUUGCAUAAAAUGUUGAAACCUGGAUCACCUUUUGUAAUAUCUGCGGAAAAAGAAAUUAAAUUUAAUGAAAGUAUUAAAAACGACAUUGAACAUUUCAACAGUAAUCAAACAAGAACUGCCGAAUUUCAAAUUAUAGAUGUUUGCGGGUCUCGUAUAGCAUGGGAACAGUUAUUGGUACGGCAAAAGUACUGGAAUCAAAUUGGUUUAGGUAUUGCUAUAUACAACAGAGAUAUAAUUGGGAUAGCUUUAUGCGCAUUAAAUGAAGAAUGUGUUUAUAUUGAUUUCAGACCAAAUCGUAUUUCUGAAAUUGAAAUUUACGAACGAAUAGAAACAUUGGAUAAUAUAUUAAGAUCUGAACAACAAAAAUACAUUUAUGAUUUAGUAUCAUUUUCACGUUCAUUACGAUAUCUUCGAGGUACAACUUAUCCACCUUCGCUAUUCAAUCAUUGCAUUUGUAUACAAACACUUUCAUACUUGGCCCAUUAUCGUGCAUCGGAUGGUAAUUCCGCUAUUUCAUUUCAGGAUUUAGUUUCACAACUUACUUCUCCGGAACGUGCUAUAAUUUUAAGAAAUGCGACAUCGCGAUUGCAAGCAGCAAUUAGCGCAUUUAUAUGCUUGCAUAUGCAUGAUGAUUUGUUAUCUGCUGCCAUUCGAUUAUCUUCGAUGAAAUCUGUGGAAUUAGAAUUACAAUCCGUUGUUUUAUUCAGUGAAAUAGAAACUAUGGGUAUAGCUUUCGAUACGAAUAAAGCUGAAAUUCUGCAUUCCAAGCUUAAACAGAAGUUGACGGACAUUGAAGCAAAAGCAUAUGAUAUCAGCGGAAUUCCAUUUAAUUUUGGUUCAGCAGCAGAAAUUUCUCAGAUACUUUUUGUACGCUUGCAAAUUCCACCACCAAAUUUAUCUACUGGUCGACAUUAUUCCACCAACAAAUUUGUCCUACAACAAUUAGCUCCAAACUAUCCCAUCAUAAAUUUAAUUUUGGAAUGGAGACGAAUUAGUACCGCUCUAACGACGUCUUUGCCAUCGCUUUUAAAAUCAUGCUGUUCUGAUGGUCGAAUUCGUACUAAUUUUAUAACAUAUAGCUGCACUGGUCGUGUUUUAACAGAAAAUCCAAACGUGCAGAAUGUGCAAAAAGAUGGAAUCAUCGAUGGUUUUUCCAUCCGGUCAUUGUUCAUCGCUCCGAAAGGUAGGAUUCUGUUGUCGUCUGAUUAUCGACAGUUGGAAAUGAGAAUGUUGGCACAUCUCUCAGCUGAUUCUCAACUCAUAUCUUUGUUUUUGGCUGAAGGAGAUUUUUUCGAAAUUAUUACUAAUAAAUGGAAUACCAACGAAACGUUGCCUGUUAAAGUAGAUCGGAAUAAAGUAAAGCAGCUUUGUUACGGUAUUAUCUAUGGCAUGGGUUCUCUAUCACUGAGUAAGGAAUUGGGCAUACAAAAACAACAUGCACAACAAAUGAUCAUAUCUUUUUUCCAGCAGUUUCCAAAAGUGCGAACAUGGAUGGAUAAAAUAUUAGCAGUAUGCCGAGCAGACGGAUUUGUGAGUACCCUGUUAGGUCGUCGACGAUUUUUACCCCAAAUAAACAGUAUGCUACAAACAGAAUCAGCUCAAGCUGAACGGCAAGCUAUCAAUACUUGUAUACAGGGUUCGGUAGCUGAACUGUUCAAAAUGGCGCUGUUGAAUUUACAGAAGAAUUUACUAGGUACUAAUUCAUCAAUUGUUAUGCAAAUGCACGAUGAAGUGUUGGUAGAAACAGAUGAAAGUUCGGUAGCUUCAGUUGUUGAAAUUAUUAAACAUUCAAUGACAUCAGUUAUGCCAAAUUUACGAGUUCCAUUGGCAGUUAAAAUUUCAUCCGGAAAAAAUUGGGGGGAACUUCGGGAAGGUGUUGAAAUUGGGAGUGGUUGA